AUGUCUGCUACCACACCCCAAAGAACAUCCCUGCGACAGGGCUUGCGCCAGGCCCCCAAGGUCAAUCAACCUUUCAUUCCCGACACAGCGCCGACCCGCCGUUCGCAUCACCACAGCUUUACAUCUCCCCAGCCCCAAAUGUCUCCCCAUAUGACCAUGAAUCCCGCAGCGAACCCGCAGAGUGCACACUUCGCAGUUGAUAGCUGGGAAGGGAAAGGCCAGGCGCAAAUGCCGAUGUCUGUCCGGGAAGUUCCCACCCCAGGUAACCGACCGGGGCACUUUGCCAGCCUUUAUGAUACCCGGAGUAAAGCAGCCAAGGCCCCUGAUUUCUAUGAUCCAUACUUCCCCCUCCGAUACCUCGAAGUGCCCCGAACCGAUCACAUUUACAAGCGCGCUCACUACGGCCUACAGUCUGGUAUUCAAGAUGAGGUCGACUUUGCGCUAUAUCAUCUGGUCCAGAUAUCCAACCAAAGAUGGGACAAAUUUAAAUUUGAGGGAUUUCCACUGCUGGCGGAAACUCUCAUGCAGAAGGCGUUAGACGUCACAUUUCUUUGCACAGGUGUCAAAUGGGAAUUUGAAUAUGACCCUCUCAAACCGUCCGACCGAGUCAAUGUUCUCAACUCGUUGCAUGGAACGCGAACUGUUCUUGACAAGAUCCAACAAAUCCCGAUCACUCUGCCGUCCGAUACGCUGGAGACCUCCGAGUCCAACCACUUGAUUCGGAAUGUGAGAGAGGCAACUUUAGUGUUGCGCAAUAUGGUUCUACUCGCAGAGAAUGCAUUCUACGUCUCUCGGUAUGCCAGUGGCCUUUUACGAGACUUUCUGGUCAUUCUCAUGAAUUUACCAAAUCAGCCUCGAUUUACUGAAAUCAAGAAUGAUGCGCUCGAUAUCGCCGAAGAGGUGACAAAAUACAUGCGGACAGACGCUCAAGACCCUCUUUGGGUUUCUCUCGUUGGCUUCUUGGAUUCACCAGACCGGGCGCACAUCAUUCGGGCUCUUUGGGCAUUGACUCACUUUUCCACAGAGCUAGAGGAUGGAGAUGUCAACCGGGCCAUCGAUCACAUGUCCAAACCCACUCUCCAACAGAUGUACUAUCACACCCUCUUGGAUCUUGACAGAGAUAUCCUGAGCGGUGCAUUGGAUUUCUGGUACCAAUACACACUAAGCCCCGACAACGUCGAAACCCUGAUGGACGUGAUCAAUUUCCCCACUAUUCUUGUCCCUCGUAUGGUCGCACUGCUCACGUAUGAAGCGCGACCGACAAAGAAGGAGACCGUUCUGCAAGAAGAGAAGGUUGCGCCUCCGCCAUCAGAUAUCCCUCGCGUUCCACACGAGCUUUUGGAGAAGCUGAUGGAGCUACCAGAACCAGAGCGGAGCUCACAGUGGCUCCGUUGCUGCUUUGUCGAGGAUGCUGAGUGCGAAAUUACUCAAAUUGCUCUCUGGCAGGCCUACCAAACUCGAUUCGCCAAUCCUCAACUUCCAGGUAGCGGUGUUCUUCCCGCAGCUGAAUUCAUUAAGAAUGUCAGCAACACCUUUACGAAUGCACAGGCUCAAGUCAUCAAUGGCCCCGGGACCAACACCAAAUUUAUUAUCAAGGGUAUUCGGCCAUUGGAAACCGCGUAUACGUUCGACGAUGUGCCAACGCGCAUUUGUCUCCCCGCCGAUCUACGAAACCACAUCUUUGGCGAGCACAUGAAGCUGCAACCUACGGAAACACCCGGGAAGUUCAAAAUGGAAGCUGCUGAAACCCCCAUCCAUGGUUGUCAAUGGGAUAACUGCACACGAUUCCGAGUCUCUGGGCCUAGUGCCAAUACUUCCUUGGUUGCUGGUCACAUUAUCUCUCAUCUACCUGAGGAUAGACCUGCUGAUGCGGAACCUCCAAGCACCAAGCGUCCUAUUCUCCAGGAGCGAAUAGUCCGCAAGUGGUACUAUAUGGAUACCCCGAUCAACGAGAAGCACGAGCCGAUUGGAGUUGCAUACAAGGCAGCCUUGGUGUUGCGCAACAUUGCUCGCGGCCUUCCUAACCGAGAAGCUAUGAAGUAUGGGAAUGUCUCGUGGAAGAAGGCUUGCUUUGUGAGCCAACGUGCCAAGAUCGUGGAGGUCUGGGACCGCAACCGUGCACUACGCAAGGAGUUGACUGAGUUGAUUAUGGUUAUGGAAAAGGAAGUUGACUAUUGA